AUGGCAGUUUUAGAGUCUCGACUUGUCAGCGCCUCUCCCUUAGAGGAGAUCAAGUUAGAAAUUAAAACUUUAAAAGCAAAACAAAAUGAUUUGGAGGUUGUUAUUCGACGCCAAGAUAAGUUAAUUUGCAAAAUUAAUGAUGAAAAUAUGGUUCUCAAAUCUAAAUUAUUUUCUAUGGAAUUUUUGAUGCGUGAAGAGGUAAUCCACAAUACGCAUAGUGGCGGAAACAAUAGCCCCCAAGGGUCAUUACAUGCGGUUAACCCGAGUGACAAUACACAUAGCGACGGAAACAAUAGCCCCCAAGGGCCAUUACACGCUGUUAACCCGAGUGACAAGUCUCACGACUGCGAACAAUUGAUUAAUGUUAAAUUGCCUAACCUUAACACUGUCGAUUUAACAAUCACUGAUAAACCCCUGUUGCGGCAUAACAAUGGUAGAGAUAGUAUGGCAGACAAUAGCUUUCUUGACAGGCCAAACG